CUUUGCAAAUGUUGGAAAAACUUACAUUUGGAAAGAAAAAUGGAAGUUCCAAACCAUAUGCUCGUUCAUAUUUUCCCACCUUUUGGCCGUGGCAAUGUAAUUAAGUUGAUAAAGGGAUAAAUGAAAAUUUAUAACCCAAAAAUUUGACUCUACUUUUUUAUGUUUGUUUAAUGAGAAUGGAAAUAAGUAUGGGAUUCAUAAUGGAAUAUUCUCAUUUCGAUCACUUUAUCCCGCUUACCAAACACAUAAAUCCCGUUUCUCAGUAAUUUUGAUAAAAUCAAAGUUGUUCUGCACAUGAUAUUAUUAGGGUUUGGAGAUAACUAUUGAUCAAAUUCGAAUUAGGGUUUCGACAAGGCAGUCCGCAGAUUCCGACUACUAUUGAUCAAAUUCGAAUCUAGGGUUGUAAUCUUUGAGAGGGGAAAAUGCCAGGACCAGGAUCACACAUGAUAUACGGGUUGGGGUCAGGGUUGGGGCUGAUGGUAGCAUCUGAGGGUCGGUUCAGUCCUCAUCACUGCAUAUGCUACGCUGUCAACGCCUUCUUUGGACCCGAUAUCGGAUCUUUCUCGGAGUGGCUAAGUGGAUUUGGGUCCGCGUUUGGGUUCGGGGACUCCCUAGGCUCUACCGUCUCCGAUCUCAUCCACCAUCCAUUUUAUUACAUCCUCUUCUUAGGUUUUCCACUUUCUCUUCUCUACUCCUGGGCUUCUCGAUUUGCACUCCAUAAGGGUCUGCUUCAUUCUAUAUCCGGGGUGCCACUCUCUAGAAUGCAGUGUUUUCUUCUGAUUUCAGCUGGAUCUUUAUCACAUUUCUUUCUAGACCACUUAUUUGAGGAAAAUGGCAAAUCUUCAACAUACACUUGGAUAUUGAGCACUGGCUGGUGGGAUGGUCGUGCCCCUAUCAACCCAGACGCUGUUUUAGUAGUUAGUCUGUUGUGCAUUGCGUUAAUUAUUGGCUUUGCAUACAUCCACAGAGUAAGACCAUCAAAAUCCUUUAGGACACAGUAUAAUCAGUCUGUGAUACUGAUAAUGGUCAUAGCAGCUUUGUAUUGCCUAUGCAAGUCAAUUAUAUCUUGUACAACCUCGUCGACCGGCCGUUGGUGAGGAGGCUGACCUUGGUGUUCUUGUCUUUUUGUUCACAUACUUUUUCCUGCCUCACACCCUGUGCAUCAAGUCCAUGAACCCCAAAAAUCAUCACGAAGUAUCUGGACAACUCCCUUUGUAGAAGAUCAUAUUUCGUCUCCGUGGCUUCGAAUAUUAGAAGAGCUUGUCAUUUUAACAGCUAUAAUGAAAAGAUUGCUACACUUGAUAUUUCUAUGGCCUUGGCCUGGGUGGCAUUUUCGACUGAUGAAGUUUCAGAACAGAGUAAUGUUCAUGUAAGAAAAGAUAAUAAGAGAUGUAGAUAAUCCAGUAGCUUAACUUGUGAGCUUUCAGGUUAUAUCCUAGAGGUCACCUAUUCAAGUGAUCGAGUCCCUUUAGGUCCACUAGAGGUUGGAAGUUUUUUUGGUCAUUAGCUUUAGGGCUCUGAGAAUAGUUGAUGUCCGCAAAUUGGCCUAGAUAUCCAUGUUUAGAUGUUGAUUGGGUUAGUCUAGUGCUUGGGUGUUUUUCUUUUUACCAUUGUGAAAUUGCGACAAGAUUCAAUUUUUACCAUUUAUAGAAAGAGUUAAAUUCUUCUUUUCCUUGUAAAGAUUCUCUCACCUUGCCCUAAUAAUAAAAAAAAAAAAAGUGUAGCGGGUUUCAAAUCUUUGCCAUCCUUUGGUGGUGUUUGACAGAAUGUUUGAAAAUAUAGUCUGUCAGGCUGGUUCUUACUUCUUAGUUUAUUGCUGCUUGUAUUGAUGAUCAAGAAUCUAGAUGUAUUGAUGUAAUAGUCAAAUCUCUAAAACAAACAACACUAAUUUAUGAAAUUAUUUUUACCCA